GCUUAGUAGUUCAUUACUCAAGGAGCUAUAUAAGUGAAUCGACCCAAUGGAGUUUCCCUCUCAUUUCAUUCAAGCGUCUCAAACAAUUGCAAACCAACUCCAUCCGACACAAUGGCAACAAUGCAAGCCCUCCUCCUCAGGAAAGACAUCCCAGGCGCAGCGCCAACUCUCACCCUCACCACCGUCCCCAAACCAACACUCACCCCAGGCCACCUCCUCGUCAAAGUCCACGCCUCAGCAAUCCACCCUUCUGACCUCAUAAACGCCAAAGGCGCUUUCCCCUUCACCACUUUUCCGCGGAUCCCAGGGCGCGACUAUUCUGGCACUAUCGUGGAAGGCCCUCCGUCCCUCGUCGGCACGGAAGUCUACGGCACAUCAGGCUUCACGCAAGCCUUCUCCCUCGAUGGAGCGCAGGCUGAAUAUAUCCUCGUUCCCGAGGCGGCCGUUGCUCCGAAACCGAAGAAUCUGAGCGCCGUGCAGGCAGCGACGUUGGGCGUGCCGUUCACGACUGCGAAUUUGGUACUGAGGAGGGCGGCGUGCAAGGAGGGUGAUGUUGUGUUGGUUCUUGGGGCCAAUGGUGCUGUCGGUUCGGCGGCCGUGCAGUUGGCGAAGAAUAUUGGCGCGAAAGUACUCAUGGGUACGAGAGAUGAGAAGGGGGAUGUGAAUACCACUUCUGACCCCGAACUGAAGAAGAUCGACGAAUUGACUUCAGGGAAAGGUGUAGAUGUUGUGGUUGAUACUGUGGGCCAGCCCGGGUUGACGAAAGCUGCGGUUGCGAAAUUGGGGAGAGGUGGCAGGCUGGCGUUUAUCACAGCACCCAGGAUGGGAGUCACGGAGUUGGGUGUUGAGAUGUUGGAUUUUUAUCGGAUGGAGAAGACGCUUGUUGGGUGUAAUACGCUUUCAUAUUCGGUAGAGGAAUUUGCGGAGGAGUUGAAGGCUUUGACUCCGAAGUUUGAGGAUGGCGGCUUGAAGGCUGCAGCGCCGGGAGAGUGGAAUGAGUUGAAGUUAGAAGAUGGCGUGCAGGCAUAUGAGAGAGCUGGCCAGAGGGGCGGUGGUAAGUUUGUUAUUGUGGCAUGAUUUUUCUGAGGAAGUUUAUAGAGUCUUUGCUUUCCCACUGCGGACAGAUCGAGGAUGAAUAACUUGCCAAGCUCCACGAAGCAGAUGCAGAAUGAGUAAGAGGGGCGGGAAACGAAAGACCUGCACCAAAAGUGUAAGCCGUGUGGAAUAUGGAUAGCCUAAACAUAAGGAUUGCUAUUGGAGAUUGUGUACUGAAUUUUGUAGAUAGAGCAGGGUGAACUCAUGAAGUUAAUCUAAAUCGCCUUCUGGAGCA